AUGAAGCUCACGAUAAAACUGUCGUUCCUGUUUCUCUUUGUAACUAUAAUUUCAUUUUCAGAAUGUCGUAGUUUAAAAGAUUCAAGAAGAAAGUUUGAUCUUACCAGGAUUUUAAAAUGCUUGUUGAUGAACGAGGAUUGUGAAAAGGAAACAUACUCUCGACAAAAUGAUCCUUUGACAGAGGUGAUCUCAUCUAUAAUAAUGCUAAACGGUGUUGUAUACACUGUGGAUGGUACAGACUGGCAUUUGAAUCCAAAAGAAGCAAUUGUUGUCUAUAAUGAAAAGAUAAAGUAUGUCGGCUCAAACGAUGAAGCAAGGAAAUACAUUAUACCUUGGAAUAGUCAAGUUUACGAUUUGGGUGGUGGUGUGGUCUUCCCAGGCUUCCAUGAUGUUCACAUGCAUCCUUUAGAGGCCAUGUCACCAGUAGCAGGAGCAUGUAUACUGCCAAACCUUACACCACCAGAUGAUCAAAAGGUUACAAACGCGUUAAACGAAUGCAAAGAUAAGACGGUUAUUGGAACAGAUUGGGUUCUUGGUGCUGGACAUUCCGUCACAUCGUUAUUAGAAUAUGUCAAAAAAGGUGAAUCUCCAAAGCUUUUAUUGGACAAGUUUAUAAAAGACCGACCAGCCGCAAUGCUUGAGGAAACGUCGCACUCUGCAUGGGUCAAUUCAAAGGCUUUAGAAAUGGCAAAAAUUACAAGCGAAACACCCGAGAAGCCUGGUGGAGUAAUUAUGAGGGAGCCAGACAGCAAUAAACCCAAUGGUAUUCUGUUUGAAAAUGCGGCAAUCGAAAUAUUUGCGCUUGCUAUGGAUCCAUGUAAGGGGAACAAUAAUCAACUCAUUUGCCAAUUGAAUAAUGAAGGAUUGUUUAAUUCAAUGGAAGAACUAAAGUCCUAUGGUAUUACUUCAUUUUGCGACGCAAGGGUUUAUUGGAAGUUGGGACAUGAUUAUUCGUAUGAGGAUGCGUGCAAAAAUGAAUAUCUUACUACUAGGACUGUACUAGGUCUUUGGGCGUAUCCUAAUGCAAAUGACGCAGAUCAAAUCAGUAACUUAAAAAGUCUUUACUGGAAUCCGUCGCCAAACAACGAAUGUUCACUAAGGAAAACCCAAAUUAAAGUUUAUAUGGAUGGCAUUGUGGAGAGUACAACCGCAGCUAUGGAGAAAAACUAUCUUGUCAAUCUGUCUUUGCCCAUUAUAAGCAAAGAGAACAUUGGAAUGAACUAUUUUGAUAAAAAUCGUUUGACAACAUACCUUAAAGAACUUCAAGAAUUAGGUAACGAGAACGAAGGGUUCGAUUUUCACAUUCAUGCGAUAGGUGAUCGUGGCAUUAAAGAUGCACUUGACGCUAUUGAGGAAGCUAAACAGUAUCUUAAAGUGAGAAAGCCGAGGCAUAGAUUAACACAUUUAGAAAUUGUAGAUCCAACCGAUAUAUCAAGAUUUGUGAAACUAGAUGUAAUUGCUGAUUUUCAAGUUGCUGGAGACUUCACACUUCCCUCAGAACAUCAGCAUCUUGCUCAGUAUGUAGGGGAAACAAAAGAUAAGUUUUCUAUCCCUGUUAAAGAUGUUCUUAAAACUGGUGCUAAAACAACAUUUAGCAGCGACUGGGAUGUUAGCACCCUGAAUCCAUUCGUCGGAGUGCAACACGCUGCAAGAAGAGGCGAUCAAUCUGUGACCAUAAAGGAAGCUAUUGAAAUGUAUACUGUAAAUCCAGCUUUUGCCAUGAGACAGGAAGAUAGGGUUGGGUUUUUGUCAGAGGGAAUGGAAGCCGACCUUAUUGUCAUCGAUCAGGACAUAUUCAAUAUCCACAAGGAAAAAAUCAAAUAUACUCAAGUCUUACAAACUAUUUUCAUGGGCGAAAGUAUUUAUUCUUCCAAAGGAAAUCACAAUUUUAUUGAAACCCUUACAUCGGAUUUGGAUGUCUUGAAAAAUAAAUCUUUGCUUGAAUGGUGCUGGAAUUUGGCUGAUUGGUCUGAUAUUUGUUACAGUCUUUGUGAGAGUGUAAACAUUGACGGGUUGAACGAUGAGGAUAUGAAACGUGUAAUGACUUAUUUUUGUUAUCCUUAA